CGGCGCGUCACGCGUUUGAAGCAAACAACACUCGAUUUCGCGCCAAAUAUGUCCGAUUCAGAGCAGCCUUCCGAUGCAGUGAUCUUGAAGAAGCUUCAGGAUGUUGUCAUCUCACUGUACAAAGCAGGCAACACAGAUGACUUGACUGUGAAGCGCGUACGGACGCGUGCAGAGCAAGCUCUUGGCUUACCAGAUGGUCUGCUUAAAGGCGCCGACUGGAAGCAAAAGAGCCAACGUGCUAUUAUGGAGGCAGUUGACAAAUACUGCGGUGAUGAACCCGAGCCUGGGCCUAUGAAGCCCGCGCCGAAAACCUCGAACCCAAAGGCAUCAACCAAAAAGGUCGAACCGAAAGCUGAGAGCAAGCAAGGCGCGAAGCGGAAGGCAGCAGCUCCAAAGAAGCAAUCACAGAAGCGAAGGAAGACAGCGUCUUCAGAAGAUGAGCUGUCAGACGAGCUUUCAGACGCAGAAAGCGCGCCUGCAAAGAAGCCGGCUCGAAGGACUAAGAACGUGGUUGAAGCAGAAUCAGAUGAGGAGGACGAGGUACCGCAAAAGCCCACGAGGAAAGCAAAACCAGUCGUCGAGGACGAAGACGACAGCGACGCCGAACCCGCAGCUACGCCAGCGAAGAAGGCAAAGACACCACCUCCGGCAGAUGAGAGGGACAUCUCAGAGAGCGAGCUGUCGAGUCUGCUAGACGAGUCGCCUGCUAAGAGCAAACGGCAGAAGAAAGCACCGGCAAGGAAAAAGAAGGAGCCUGCGAAACCCAAAGCCAAGGCCGCGCCAAUGGCUGCCGACGAUCCAGACACAGCAGAGACCAAGCGACUCCAAAGCUGGCUGGUCAAGUGCGGCAUUCGUAAGGUCUGGUCAAAAGAGCUUGCCAAGUUCGACACGUCGAACGAGAAGAUCCGACACCUCAAGGGCAUGCUAUCAGAUGCUGGUAUGGACGGCAGGUACUCAGAUGAGAAGGCAGCUAAGAUCAAAGAGAAGCGCGAGUUCGAGAAGGAUCUGGAGGCCAUACAGGAGGGUGAGGCUUCCUGGGGCACGGCUGAGGAUAUUGGUGGCAGGCCGAGACGCAGAACUGCCGCUCGAGCUGCGCCUGUGCCGAAGAUCGAGUUCAGCGACGAUGAUGAGGAGAGCGAGGAACACAACGACGACAUAGAUGAGUCCAGUGAGGAUGAUCAGGACGAUGACGAAGAAAACAGUAGCAAGGGCGCGUCUAAUGAUGAUAGUGGCGAGGAUGAUUCCGAGUAGAGAAUUGCAGUGCAGUUAUUCUCGGCGUUUUGUUCAAUUACCAGGGUGCCCACUUUGUCAGGUAUAUUCGAUAGUCCUUCAUGUAGUCCCCACCGGACGGCUCCGCGCGUGACACCAGGCACCAGACUGGGGAUCGCGGAUAUGUCACCACCCUCCCUUGCUAUCAAUGUCUGAGCAUGAGACCUGUCACCAACGAGCAAACAACACUGUCC